CGACGUGGCCGCCCGUUGCGAGUUUCUGUCCCUGGUUUCUGUCAGAAGUCGUGCGCCGAAACGGCCAGCGGUAUGACGAGCCUCACACGGGCGUCGUAGAUCGGCCGCCGCGCCACCGCCGCUACCAACGACGGUCGUUGCGUGCGUAACGUGCGUGGUGUCCAACCUCCCAAGUUCGGCGGGGCCUUCGUACGACAUGGCGGGCUUUCAUGACAGGGACAGGGCCCUGUUCCCGAUCCGGAGCAUCUCCGCGAUCGUGCAGAUCUUCAAGAAUCAGCUGGAGAACAGCGCCGAGCCGGACCUCGCGUUGCUCUCGAUCCUCAUCGGCGCAGUCGAGAACUCCUUGACGUGCAAUCGCGUCUUCACGCCCCAGGAGAACGCCGUCUACGACGAGCCGAAGCUACCGCCUGUGGAGUACCACAUCGCCGAGGCAUUAUAUACAAAGUUCCACGCGGUGAUCAAGGGCGCCGUUGACCUCACCGUGUACGACACCAAGUACGCCACCAGGGAACUCGUGAAAAAGGUGUCGGACGUGAUAUGGAACUCCCUCACCAGAAGCUACUAUAAGGACCGAGCGCAUCUGCAAAGCCUCUACAGUUACCUAACGGCGAACAAGCUCGAUUGUUACGGAGUCGCCUUCGCUGUGGUGGCUGGUUGCCAGGUUCUAGGUUUCAAGGAUGUGCAUCUUGCCAUGUCAGAGGACCAUGCGUGGGUCGUAUACGGAGAAGAUGGCACGGAGACCGCGGAGGUUACAUGGCAUGGUAAGGGAAACGAGGAUAAACGCGGGCAACCAGUGGAACCUGGUGUAGCGUCUCGAUCGUGGUUGUAUUUAAAUGGGCAAGCUAUGGUGUGCAGUCGUGCUUUAGAAGUAGCUACCAUAGUAUCGGCUAUAAAUCCUAGUCUGAAUGCGACUACCGACGCGGUCGAAGUGGCGUUGCUCCAGCAGGAGUUGUUGUGGCUGUUGUAUGACUUAGGCCAUCUAGCAAAGUAUCCUAUGGCACUCGGUAAUUUGGCUGAGUUGGAAGAGGCUGCACCUACGCCUGGAAGGCCACCACCUAUAGACCUCUUUCAGGAAGCCGUAAGAUCAGCAAGGAAAUACUAUGGAAACGCACAUGUAUAUCCUUACACCUAUCAAGGUGGAUAUCUGUACCGGCAUGAACUACAUGUCAACGCGCUUGCGUCGUGGGCCGAUGCCGCGGAUGUUUUGCGGAAAUAUGAUUAUUCGCGGGAUGACGGGGAAAUAUACAAGGAAUUGCUGGAGAUUGCCAACGAAUUGAUACCGCACGUGGUGCGCGUCGACAACGCGCGUUUACUACGACAACCACGUUGUUUCGCAUACCUGUUGAGAUUCUACGACGGUAUCUGUCAAUGGGAGGAGGGCGCCAAUACUCCUGUGUUACACAUAGGUUGGGCUCGCCCGUUGGUGAACACGAUCUCGAAGUUCGACGCCAAUAUACGCGCUCAGGUUGUCAUAGAGUGCUACGAAACAGAGGUCAAGCAGAAGGAGGAAACGGCACAGAAGAGAGAGACGAGUCCCGAGGAGACCUUGAACAACAAUAACAAUUAUUGUAAGACUAAGGAGAGAGGAAACGCGGCGCGAGAUCUGAUCAAGAGCCUAGAAUCCAAAGUGCCCUCUAAUUCAGCGUCAACACAUCCUAGUAUUCAAGCUCUAACGGCAGCCUGCAGCGAGAAGAUACUUAACAGAGAUUACCUACUACAGGGUGGUGGUGAGCCGUUUGUCGCGCCGCCGGGACGCAAGAAUGUCGAGCCCGAAGUUCUCCCGGAGGCUGACUCCGAGAACGAAAGGCCGAGGAUAACGCUAUACAGCCAGAAGAUGAAGGGUCUCAAGGAUCUGCUGCUCGCGGAGAAGCUCAACACCCACGCGAUCUCGCUGCAGCUUACAGCGCAGAGCCAGGUACAAAUCGGUAAGAAGUCGCGCGGCAGCGACGACGUGGGAGUCAGUCAGCGUCCCAAGAGGACGCGUCGGGAAUAGUAUAAGAUCCUCGACCGACGUUUCGGUAUAGUGAAGUAUUGAAAGUGCCACCACAUUUCUCGAGAUUAACUCUCCGCUCGUGCUCGCCGAGCGGAAACGCGAGACGCAAACGGCCGGCUAUCCGACGCGGCCUGCGCAAACAGUCAUUAAGGUAUACCAACCUCCUCGCUCUCGGUGUCUCCCGCCGAUACCCGGGACGCGGAUUCUCCUCGGCUGGACUCCUCCGGAAU